AUGAAUUUUGCCGCUGUUGGGCGUCCAUUGGGAUGCCUCAAGACCGCAUUGAGGCAAGCGAGGCAACAGCGGGCAUGGCAGAGGUCGCUUGCAACAGCCGCUGCUCCCGAGGCCCCUAACGUCUCUAAGCCCAUACUCACAGCCCGACAGCGCUCGCGCGAAGAGAGACUUGCUCGAUUCCAAGUGUACCCCGAGGUGCCGACCGUUCGAACCGACUUCAAGGACCCCAUGCCGGUGCUGCGCCAGGCGCAAAUCACAAUGCUCGAUCCCACCGGAGCGAGAACUCGACUAUUCGCCAAAGACCAGGCUGACGCUGCGAAGCCGGGCGAUGUGCUAAUGGUCAGCACCAAAAAUGGAGAGCCUUUCUCGGGUUACCUGAUCGAAAUCCGUCGACGUGGUGCGGACACAGCCAUUCUGCUGCGCGGCCAGAUGAUGAAGACGAGCGUUGAGUCGUGGUUCAAAGUCUACAGCCCUACGGUUACAGCCAUCAACAUUAUCUGGAGACGGCCGAAGAGAGCCAGGAGAGCCAGGCUCACGUACAUGCGCAAGCCAGAGCACGACAAGGGCAGCGUUGACCACUUGGUAGCGGCAUGGAAGAAGGAGCGCUCUACUCUGCGCUCCAAGUCUGGAUCUGGCGGUGUUAGACAGCAAAAGGCCAGGGGCAAAUAA